UUCUCUAUUAUUUUCCACUCAGCUUCUCGCAGUUUAAAAUGGCGGCGUUGAGCAGCGCCGAGUCCCCACCGCCCGUCUUCAACGGAGACGCCAUGGAUCGUGAUCCUGAACGGGAGAGGGGACUGGAAGAGCUGGGUGCCGGGCUCGACCCCAUAUGUUCCGGGGGGAUCCCCGAGAGCCAGCAGGACAUUCCCGAGGAGAUUUGGAACAUCAAGCAGAUGAUAAAGCUGACACAAGAGCACUUAGAGGCACUCUUGGACAAGUUUGGUGGUGAACACAACCCCCCGUCAAUAUAUCUGGAGGCCUAUGAGGAGUACACCAGCAAGCUGGACGCUUUGCAGCAGAGGGAGCAGCAGCUGCUGGAGGCCAUCGGGAACGGCACAGACUUCCCCUGCUCCGCCCCCACCCCCACCCCCACCCUCCUCGAGGUGAAGACUGGGGGGACCCAAGGGUUCCCCUCCGCCCCCACCACCCUGGCUGUGCUGCAGACCCCUGUGGAUGCUGCCCGCAGCAACCCCAAGUCUCCCCAGAAACCCAUCGUCAGGGUCUUCCUGCCCAACAAGCAGAGGACAGUGGUCCCGGCUCGCUGUGGAAUGACGGUACGGGACUCGCUGAAAAAGGCCCUCAUGAUGAGAGGUCUGAUCCCGGAGUGCUGCGCUGUCUACAGAAUACAGGACGGGGAGAAGAAGCCGAUUGGCUGGGACACAGAUAUCUCAUGGCUGACGGGGGAGGAGCUACACGUAGAGGUUUUAGAAAAUGUGCCACUGACAACACAUAACUUUGUGCGAAAGACAUUCUUCACUCUAGCCUUUUGCGACUUCUGCCGGAAGCUUCUGUUCCAGGGCUUCCGCUGCCAGACGUGUGGGUACAAGUUCCACCAGCGCUGCAGCACUGAGGUCCCCCUCAUGUGUGUGAACUACGACCAGCUAGACUUGUUACUAGUAUCUAAGUUUUUUGAGCACCACCCAAUCACACAGGAGGAGGUAUCGUCAGAAGGUACCACGCCCCUGUCUGAGGUGUGCCCGUCCCUGCCCCCCUCCGACUCCACAGGGUCCCUGUGCCACCCCAUCGCCUCUCCGUCCAAGUCCAUCCCCAUCCCUCAGACUUUCCGGCCUGGGGAUGAAGACCACCGCAAUCAGUUCGGCCAGAGGGACCGCUCGUCCUCCGCCCCAAACGUCCACAUCAACACCAUCGAGCCCGUCAACAUCGACGACCUAAUUCGAGAUCAAGGUUUACAGAGGUCCGAUGGAGGUUCUACGACAGGGCUGUCGGCCACGCCCCCUGCCUCCCUCCCUGGCUCGUUGACCAGUGUAAAGGCUGCCCAGAAGUCGCCCAGCCAGCCCAGGGAGCGCAAGUCGUCGUCUUCGUCUGAGGAUCGCAAUAAAAUGAAAAACCUGGGGCGGCGGGACUCCAGUGAUGACUGGGAGAUCCCGGAGGGCCAGAUCACUCUGGGACAGAGGAUAGGGUCGGGAUCCUUUGGGACCGUCUACAAGGGAAAGUGGCACGGGGACGUAGCGGUGAAGAUGUUGAAUGUCACUGCCCCAACUCCUCAACAGCUGCAGGCUUUUAAGAAUGAAGUGGGUGUUCUAAGAAAAACGCGGCACGUGAACAUCCUGCUGUUCAUGGGCUACACCACCAAGCCCCAGUUGGCAAUUGUCACCCAGUGGUGCGAGGGCUCCAGCCUCUACCACCACCUGCACAUCAUCGAGACCAAGUUCGAGAUGAUCAAGCUCAUCGACAUCGCCCGGCAGACCGCCCAGGGGAUGGACUAUUUGCAUGCCAAGUCCAUCAUCCACAGAGACCUCAAGAGCAACAACAUUUUCCUGCAUGAGGACCUGACGGUGAAGAUCGGGGACUUCGGUCUGGCCACAGUGAAGUCCCGCUGGAGCGGGUCGCACCAGUUCGAGCAGCUCUCCGGGUCCAUCCUGUGGAUGGCCCCGGAGGUGAUCCGCCUGCAGGACAAGAAUCCCUACAGUUUCCAGUCAGACGUUUACGCCUUCGGCAUCGUGCUGUACGAGCUCAUGUCCGGAGCACUCCCCUACUCCAACAUCAACAACCGAGACCAGAUCAUCUUCAUGGUUGGGCGGGGCUACCUGUCCCCGGACCUCAGCAAGGCACGCAGCAACUGUCCCAAGGCCAUGAAGAGGCUGAUGGCCGACUGCCUGAAGAAGAAGAGAGAGGAGCGGCCUCUCUUCCCCCAGAUCCUGGCCUCCAUAGAGCUGCUGGCACGCUCCCUACCCAAAAUCCACCGCAGCGCCUCAGAGCCCUCUCUGAAUCGGGCCGGGUUCCAGACGGAAGACUUCAGCUUAUACGCCUGCGCCUCCCCCAAGACCCCCAUCCAGGCGGGCGGUUACGGGGAGUUCUCAGCAUUUAAGUAGCAGAAAAAAAAAAUCCACGAGUACAUCCCUUGUCAUAUUUUAAAAAGUCUUGUGUUCCUACAGUGGGUUCAUCCAUUUACAAACAAACAAAAAAAAUGAGUUACUAAAAUGUGCUGUUCCAUUCCUCGCAAUCUGAAGAGCAACAACCGCGCCGGAACAGCGAAAGAAAAAAAAAAAGAUGAGAAAUCACAACUGAAAUGGAGAAAAUUGACAUUAAACGAGAUUAAAUUGAAAGACGCAAGUUAAGUUGAAACAAAGAAAAGUUAAAAAUAAAAAACGAAAACAAAAAAAAAACAAGUUAAGUAAAUCAGCAGGAAUCCAUAACCUUGACGGUGUGGGAAAACCCCUUAGGAGACAGAGCUUAUCCUCCAGAGAUCUCCCUCCAUCCGCACAGCAGCGAGGGAGGAGGGAGGAAAGCAGGAAGACAGGAUGGAAGAAAUGAGGGCAGAACUGAGCUGUUGUCACGGUGAUGCCUCAUCUUGUCCCCUCCUGCCGGUUGGGGGUCGCACGAGUUGAGAUGGAGCGCUGCACUUUGACCAAUGGCACUAGAGGGCUGUGUAA